CACUUUUUUUCUUUUCAAUCAUGAGCUUCUUCGGCUUUGGUCAGACCGCGCAGAUUGACAUUGUGCUGGACGACAAGAGCACGCGCCCGCAGAUCGAGGUCAAGGACGAGGAAGGGCACAAGAACCAGCUCUACCUCUUCCUCGACGGCGAGACGGUCAAGGGCCAGGUUCACAUCAACCUCAAAACACCCGGCAAGAAGCUCGAGCACAAUGGCAUCAAGGUCGAGUUCCUCGGCCAGAUUGAAAUGUUCUACGAUCGUGGAAACCACCACGAGUUUACCUCGCUUGUGCGCGAGCUUGCGCCGCCCGGAGAAAUGACUCGCUCGCAAACCUUCCAGUUUGAGUUCCAAAACGUCGAAAAGUCACACGAGUCGUACAACGGCAUCAACGUUCGCUUGCGAUACCUGCUGCGCGUCACGAUCGUUCGUCGCCUCGCUGACAUUACCAAGGAGCUCGAUCUGUGGGUUCACCAAUACUCCAUCUUGCCCAAGAUUAACAACUCCAUCAAAAUGGAAGUCGGUAUUGAGGACUGUUUGCACAUUGAGUUUGAGUACAGCAAAUCCAAGUACUACCUGAAAGACGCCAUUGUCGGCAAGAUUUACUUUUUGCUUGUCCGCAUCAAAAUCAAGCACAUGGAACUGGCAAUCAUUAAGCGAGAAUCCACAGGCACCGGCCCGAACGUCUACAAUGAGAGCGAGACCAUCACCAAGUACGAGAUCAUGGACGGCGCACCCGUUCGUGGCGAAUCCAUCCCAAUCCGACUCUUCCUUGCUGGCUUUGAAUUGGCACCAACGAUGCGCGACAUCAACAAGAAGUUCUCUGUGCGGUACUACCUCAACCUUGUGCUUGUCGAUGAGGAGGAGCGACGCUACUUUAAGCAACAAGAGAUUACCUUGUGGCGCAAGAAGGAGGACGGUGAAACUGCCGAGCAGUACCUCGUCUCAUAAGCAGCUUUAGCUUCUUCUUCUUUUUUCUGCGUCUCUCGUUUAUUUGGCCUCUUUCUUGAAGAAGAACUCCAGCGAUAUUUCGUCACCAUUCGUUUAAGGCGUGGCUUUCGCUGCUUUGGUUGCUCGAGCGGUGGCUUUGUUUUUCUUUGUCGUCGGCUGUCAAUUUUUUUUUUGUUCUUGUUGAUGUUGGUCAUGUUGUAGUGUGAUAGAUGGGUUUUGUUUUGAAGUGUCAAUUUUUCCUCUUUCUUUUUGACUUUCCUAGGGCCG